UUUAACUUUCUUUUGUAAACGCGUUCUCCAUUUCUCCAUUUAUAUAUUUUUCAUAACCUUAUUAGACAAACCAAGUUAAUUUCAAAUUCAGUUUGCCAGUACAAGAGUAAACAGCAUUGGCGAUAAUGUCGGGACCGAAUUUUCUAGAUGAGGCAUACAAGCAGUACAUGAAUGCGCUCGAGUGGUUUAUGACGGCGAUGAAAUACGAAAAGUACGAGAAGCGCAGGGAGCACAUUCGGAAAAAGCUUGCUGAGUACAUGAAUCGGGCGGAGCAACUCAAGGAGCACAUACUAAUGGCAGUCGGCAGCACGAGCACUGGGAAUGGCAGUGGGAACGCGGGCAAGAAAAAGGGCAAGGGUGACGACGACGACAGCGGAGGACUUGACAGCGAAACAAAAAAGCUGCGGCAAGGCCUGGAGGGAGCGAUUCUCAGCGAAAAGCCCAAUGUGCACUGGGAGGACGUCGCUGGCCUGGACGGCGCCAAGGAGUCGCUCAAGGAGGCCGUGAUCUUGCCAAUCAAGUUUCCGCAGCUCUUCACGGGCAAGCGCACGCCCUGGCGCGGAAUCCUUCUUUAUGGCCCGCCGGGAACGGGAAAAUCCUACCUGGCCAAGGCUGUGGCCACCGAGGCCAACUCCACGUUUUACGCCAUCUCCUCCUCCGACCUGGUGUCCAAGUGGAUGGGCGAGAGCGAGAGGCUGGUGAAGAACCUAAAACCGGCCUUCAAUUAUUUUAUCGACGAGGUCGACUCCCUCUGCGGCUCCCGCGGCGAUGGCGAGUCGGAGGCAUCGAGGCGAAUUAAAACCGAGUUCCUCGUGCAAAUGAACGGCGUCGGCAAUGACGACACUGGCGUUCUGGUCUUGGGCGCAACCAACAUUCCGUGGGCCCUGGACGCUGCCAUCCGCCGUCGGUUCGAGAAGCGCAUCUACAUUCCGCUCCCCGACCCCUCUGCGCGUGCCCGCAUGUUCCAGCUGCACAUCGGAAAUACGCCGUGCACGCUGACGCAGCGCGACUACAAGGAUGCCCUGAUGCAGCCCAUUCGUAAAGUGCAGAUGGCGACGCAUUUCAAGCGCGUCGUCAGGCCCGUGGAUAAUAUGCAGCCGGGUGGGCCGACGCGCGAGUACUGGACGCCCUGCUCGCCGGGCGAUCCCCAGGCUAUCGAGAAGACGUGGUCGGAGGUCUCUGGCGACGAAUUGUGGGAACCGGAUCUCACGCUGGCUGACUUUUUGAAGGCUGUGAAGACCAGCCGGCCGACUGUCAACAACGCUGAUCUUGAGAAGCAGAUUGAGUUUACCGAUGACUUUGGACAGGAAGGCUAAUUCGCUUUUUUUAUAUUUUGUUUUGUACCAAAUUGUUCUAGGAAGAAAAAAUGAAUUUAUUCCCAGCGCUUUUCCUAAUAUAAUCAAUAUUAUUGUCGUAGUAGCAACAAGCUUCUUUAGGUUUUCAACCGCCUCCCUAAGAUACGUGUUUCUCUCUACGUCCGCGCCAUACUCAA